AUGGCAAAACUCUUGACGGUAUUUGGUGCGACUGGAAAGCAGGGUGGUUCUAUUAUUGAAGCUGUGCUGUCUGAUACCACGCUGAGAGAAGAGUUUACAAUCCGUGGCGUCACUCGUGAUGCCUCCAAGCCAGCUGCUCAAGCUCUUGCGGCUAAGGGUAUUGAGGUAGUUACGACCGAUAUGGACUCCAAAGAAUCAGUCUUACAAGCUGUCACGGGUUCCCAUACCGUUUUUCUCAUGACAAUGCCCGACUUUACGGGCCGUGAUAACAAAGAGUUGGAUCAUGGAAAAAAUGUUGCGGACGCCUGCCUUCAAUCCGGAGUUCAGCAUCUGAUCUUCUCGUCAUUGCUUCACGUAAGGGACACCACUAACGGCCGUCUCACCAACGUGCCUCAUUUUGAUAGGAAGGCGGAAGUAGAGCGUUAUGUUCGCUCCAAGGGAAUUCCCAGUACCUUUGUGCUGCCUGGCUACUUUAUGAGCAACUAUACGGCGCUUCAGAUGAUUAGAAAAGGCGACAAUGGAGAGUAUACUCUCGCCUAUCCUGUUGGCGAUAAGGCCAUGUUUCCUCUCAUCGAUAUAGAAGCGGAUAUGGGCAAAUAUGUUGUUGCCACGAUCAAGGAGCGGGAAAAUGUCCUGGGCAAACAAAUUCUUGCCGCAGCUGACUACUACACACCAACGCGCAUACUUGCAGAGUUUGAAGAAGUCACUGGCAGAAAAGCAAAUUUUGUGAAGCUCGAUGCAGAUACAUUUACCAGCUUCUUCCCAAGCCCCUUUGGGGUGGAAAUGCUAGAGAACCAUCUCUUUAUUGAAGAACCGGGUUACUUUGCAGGGAAGAGCCUCGACGAAAGCCUUGACCUCUUGCGCAAGGUGGGAUUGAAGCCGGCGACGUGGAAACAGUUUUUGGCCAAGAACAAAGCCGCCUUCUAA